AUGGUGCCGAAUCAAGUCACUACCUUCUCCAUCGUCAUGUAUGUGCUUGAGUCCUUGAUAAUACUUAUACAAAGUGGUACAACUGUUGUAGUGCUGUGCAGAGAGUGGAUGAACUUUCAAAGACUGUCACCGGUGGAAAUGAUUCUCAUUAGCCUGGGCAUCUCACAUUUCUGUCUCCAGUGGGCAUCAAUGCUGUACAACUUUGGCACCAUUUCUAGACCUGCCCUUGUAUUUUGGAAGAUUUCUGUCAUCUGGGAGUUUAUGAACUUUUUGACAUUCUGGCUAACCAGUUUGCUCUCCGUCUUCUACUGUGCCAAGGUCUCUUCCUUCACCCACCCCAUCUUCCACUGGCUGAGGUGGAAAAUUUUGGAAUUGGUUCCCUGGUUGAUAUUGGGUACGCUGAUAGCUUCUUGUUUGUCAAUCAUCCCUUCCGUUGUUAAAUAUCACAUUCAGAUUGAAUUAAUUACCCUGGAUCAUUUACCUAGAAACAGUUCUUUGAUUAUAAGACUUAAAAUGUUUGAACAAUAUUUUUCUAAUCCUCUCAAAAUGAUUGGUUUCGGUGCGCCCUUCCUCGUGUUCCUGGUUUCUAUUAUCUUACUCACCGUCUCUCUUGUCCGGCACUGGGAGCAGAUGAAAGAGUUUAACACCAACGACUCCAGCAUGAAAGCUCAGUCCACUGUUCUGAAGUCUCUUGCUACCUUCUUCAUCUUCUUCACCUCCUAUUUUCUGACUAUAGUAGUCUCCUUUAUUGGCACCGUAUUUGAUAAGCAAUCCUGGUUCUGGGUCUGUGAAGCUGUCAUCUAUGGCUUAGUCUGUAUUCAUUAUACUUCACUGAUGAUGAGCAAUCCUACACUGAAAAAAGUACUGUCGAUGCAGUUCUGCAGAGCAGAACCUUUCUGA